AUGAAUGAUAGCAUAUAUUAUUCUCAGAUUGGUGGUGACAUUUGCACUUGUUACCCAGUACACAGCUUCAAUAUUACAGGGGAUGUGAUUACGAGUGAAGAACCAUAUGUUUCUGUACCAAACAAAGCUUUGGAUUCAAGAUGUGAGUGGUGUUUCACAUCAAGUAACCUUAAAAAGUGUUCUGCUUGUCAAGUAGUUUGGUACUGUGGGCGUACAUGCCAGAAGUCAGAUUGGAAUUUGCAUCGCCUUGAAUGCCAAUUGUAUUCGAAACUUGAUAAGGAUAGGCGGAAAUCUCUUACACCUUCUGUGCGUUUGAUGGUGAAAGUUUACCUACGAAGGAAGCUGCAAAAUGCAAAGAUUAUCCCAAGUACUGUGACUGACAACCACAAUCUCGUGGAGGCCUUGAUGGCUAACCUCGUCAACUUGAUACUCCAGUGGCCAGAGAUCAGUAUAAAAGAGACUGCAGAAAACUUUUCCAAGCUUGCCUGCAAUGCGCAUACCAUUUGUGAUAGUGAACUGAUACCACUGGGUACAGGACUAUUUCCCGUCAUUUCCAUUAUCAACCACAGUUGCUUGCCCAAUGCGGUUCUAGUAUUUGAGGGCAGGUUGGCAGUGGUGCGGGCUGUGCAACAUAUACCCAAAGGUACCGAGGUAAUAUGUCGUGUAUUUGGUUGA